AAAACCGAAACAAAACAAAAAAAAAAAUGGGAGCAGCUGUAACUGAAAAAAAUGAUCAUCGUAGUAGUAGUAGCCGUGGGGGUGGUAGCAGUGGUGGUGGUGAUAAUCAUCAUCAUCGUCAUCCACAUAAAAGUAGCCGAAAUAGUAAUCGAUCAUCACCGGAUAAUAGCCAUCGUUCAUCAUCAUCAUCACAUCAUCGUCGAUCUCAUCAUAGAUCAUCACGUGAAAGAUCAUCAACAAGAACAACUCAUCAACAUACAUCAUCAUCAUCAACAACAACAAAUCGACGUACAUCACGUUCACGUUCACGUUCACCACGUCGUUCAUCACAACAACAUUAUGAUGAUUCUAGACGUGAAACCCGUGAUGGCGGCGGUGGUACAAGAAUUUCCCGUCGUAAAAAACCAUCAAAAUAUUGGGACAUUCCACCACCUGGAUUUGAAACAGUAUCACCUGUACAAUAUAAAGCUAUGCAAAGUUCUGGUCAAAUACCGGCAUUAUUAACAACACCAGGUGUUGCACCUGUACCAAUUGGUUCAACAAUAACAAGACAAGCAAGACGUUUAUAUGUUGGUAACAUUCCAUUUGGUUGUUCCGAAGAAGAAAUGAUUGAAUAUUUUAAUCAACAAAUGCAUAUUUGUGGUUUUGCUCAAGGACCCGGUAAUCCGGUUUUAGCAUGUCAAAUAAAUUUGGAUAAAAAUUUUGCUUUUCUUGAGUUUCGAUCAAUCGAUGAAACAACACAAGCAAUGGCUUUUGAUGGUAUUACAUUCAAAGGACAAUCAUUAAAAAUAAGACGACCACAUGAUUAUCAACCAAUGCCAGGUAUGACCGAAGCACCAGUACAAACACCAUAUGUACCGGGUGUUGUAUCUACAGUUGUUGGUGAUUCACCAUACAAAAUAUUUAUCGGUGGUCUACCAAAUUAUCUUAAUGAAGAUCAAGUCAAAGAAUUAUUAAUGAGUUUUGGUCAAUUAAAAGCAUUCAAUCUUGUUAAAGAUAGUGCUACAGGAUUAAGUAAAGGUUAUGCAUUCUGUGAAUAUGCUGAUUCAUCAAUUACUGAUCAGGCAAUCGAUGGUUUAAAUGGUAUGCAAUUAGGCGAUAAAAGAUUAAUUGUACAACGUGCAAGUGUUGGUGCAAAAUCCGGUAUGACUGGAUCUGGUAUGGGUGGAACACCAUCAUCAUCAUCAAAUGCACCAAGUGGAAGUGGAGGAACAGGUGUAACAAUAAAUCCAGCAAUUUUAACUGGUCCAGUUACAAUGCAAGUACCUGGUUUACAAAUAACAGCAAUGACAACUGCUAUUGGUAAUCCAACUGAAGUACUUUGUUUAAUGAAUAUGGUAUUACCUGAAGAAUUAAUUGAUGAUGAAGAAUAUGAAGAUAUUAUGGAAGAUAUUAAACAAGAAUGUUCAAAAUAUGGUCAAAUACGUUCAAUGGAAAUACCAAGACCAAUUGAAGGUGUUGAAGUACCUGGUUUAGGUAAAGUUUUUAUUGAAUAUAAUACAUCGAAUGAUUGUCAACGUGCACAACAAUCAUUAGCAGGUAGAAAAUUUGAUAAUCGUAUUGUUAUAACAUCAUAUUUUGAACCAGAUCGUUAUCAUCGACGAGAAUUUUAAUUACUGAAUGAAUGAUGAAUUUGAAAAAAAUUAUUAUUAUUAUUAUUAUUAUUAUUAUGAUCAGCAUCAUCAAAACCAAAAACAAAAACAAAAAAACAU